UUGACGAGACAAAGCUGAGCUGAAGUUCACUCCCGGUUCGAGUGAACCUUUUUGGGUUUACGCAGGCGCAGUGCAGCACAAUAAAAAAAAAAGGCUCUGAGUGGGACGGAGUAUCCUGUUGGAAGAGGCAUUCGUGGUGGCUGCAUGCGUCCUCAACACUGACCGCUAUUUCAUAAUGUCAAAUUGUAAGUUGCAGGCGGAAUGGGACGAUAUAGACAACGAAUAUCAGCAGUUACAGGAAACUCAUAAAAUAUACAGACAAAAGCUGGAGGAGCUCACCAGUCUUCAAGCAACGUGCAGCGGCGCCAUCAGUAAACAGCGAAAGUCUCUGAAAGACCUGAGGCGCAGUUUAAGCAAGAGUUCUCAAACUUGUGAUGAAAAAGAGCUUACAUUACUAACGCACAUCAAAACCCAAAUCAAAGAAAGGGAGCAUGUAUUCUUUGAUAUGGAAGCAUAUUUACCAAAGAAAAAUGGCCUUUACUUGAGUUUAGUCCUGGGCAAUGUGAAUGUGACGCUUCUCAGUAACCAGGCAAAGUUUGCCUACAAAGACGAGUAUGAGAAGUUCAAACUGUACAUGACAAUAAUCCUGAUGUUUGGAGCAAUAACCUGCCUCUUCUUUCUUAACUGCCGAGUCACGGAUGAAAUCUUCAACUUUUUGCUGGUGUGGUACUACUGCACACUGACCAUAAGGGAAAGCAUCCUCAUCAACAAUGGCUCAAGGAUCAAAGGGUGGUGGGUGUCUCACCACUACGUCUCCACCUUUCUGUCAGGGGUUAUGCUAACCUGGCCAGAGGGACCAAUGUAUCAAAUGUUUCGAAGUCAGUUCCUUGCUUUCUCUAUUUAUCAAAGCUUCGUUCAGUUCCUCCAGUAUUAUUAUCAGAGCGGCUGCUUAUACCGGCUGCGCGCUUUAGGAGAGAGGAAUCAGCUGGACCUCACAGUGGAGGGAUUCCAGUCCUGGAUGUGGAGAGGACUCACUUUUCUUUUGCCUUUUCUCUUUUUUGGCCACUUUUGGCAGCUGUACAACUCAGUGAUAUUGUUUCGUUUGGCAAGACACGAAGGCUGUAAGGAGUGGCAGGUGUUCAUGCUGGCGCUGACGUUUCUCGUUCUCUUUCUGGGAAACUUCCUUACCACGCUGAAUGUUGUUCGCCAAAAAGUCCAAAAGAAGGUGGAAAAAGGGCCGAAGAGUGACUGAAAAUAAAAAUAAAAAAUCCUCAGGGAAAAAAAAGAGCAAAAAGAAUCUAUGCCCCAUCCAAAAAGAACAGUUUUCGUGACGCACACGGACGGGCCGCGGGACGAGCGAGCCGGCGGAGCGGAAACCCCGCCUCCCGUCAGGCUGCAGACACACCUACGAGUUUCUCAAGGCGCUAAAGGGAUCGACUCGGAGGACGAAUCGGCUGAUGCUUUUCCCAUGUAUAUAAAACUUGAGUUUGCGUGGAUGCAUGAGUAUCAGACCGCCUUCUUCUCCAAGUCAUAUGCAACGACGUGAGGGCAAGUAGCAGAACAGAACGCAGUUUGCCUUCCAAGACCUACCGUCUGUUGUGUGUGCAUACUUCUGUGAAGUAGUAACGCUCGUGUUGGCUCAUGUUCACUUUGGCACUUAAGGUUUUUGUUUUUCCCUUAAACUCCCUAAGUUUCUUUGGUAUCCUGACCUCACUGCUGAAGGGUGUAGAAGUACACAGACUGUGAUUAGCAACUGUUUUUACUCGCGUCUCUCAAAGAGACUAAAGGAAUUUGGCAAAGUUUCUCUGUUCAGACAAAGCCAUAACUUUAUUUUUGUUACAAAUAUAUCAUGAACUGAUGUUACUUAAUAUAAACACGUUUUACUUUAUGGUCUUAAUUUGGAUAGAAUUCAAACCACUUAUUAAAAAUCUGUUUUGUUUUUGGUGA